AUGUCAGCUUCUUGGACACCUGGUCCGAUGUCUGCUGUCAGUUCAAGUACCAGACCACCAUCUCCUCGUAGCCAAGAGACACCUCCGUCUGCUUGCAAAAGCACGGAGCGGAGGCACCAACAACUUGACAUCACAGCAGAAAACGCAGAGGCUGCUUCGGAGUAUAAGUUUCGUAAAGAUGAAAAUGGUGUUAGUGCAGGAGUUGGGUACAUUACUGAAGCUCUUAUAAAAGGUCUGUCAAAACAGAAAAAUUUGGCAUGUAUAAGCUCGCUGAAUCUUUCUUCCCCAAAGGAUGCGAACAAGAAAUUUAAGUACAUAAAAAAUUUGGAAAAGUGCUCUAACCUAGAGACACUAAAUCUUAGUAACAACCAAAUAGAGAAGAUUGAGAAGUUGGAUAAAGUGAUGAAGUUGCGUGAACUCAAUUUGUCUUGUAACAAAAUCAGUGAAAUUGAAGGUAUAGAGCAUAUGCAGAAGCUACAAAAGCUGAACCUUGCCGGGAAUGAGAUUGAGCAUAUUCCUGUGUGGGUAGGGAAGAAACUGACAUCCCUGCGCAUCCUUAAUUUGAAACAGAAUAAAGUAUCAUCACUCCAUGACAUAGCUAAACUAAAGCCUCUGCAAGAUCUGACCUCUCUAUUCCUUGAUGAUAAUCCAGUUGUAAGUCUGCCUCACUACCGCUUGUACACCAUAUUCCACUUGCGAGCACUGGAGAACUUGGAUGGACAGCCAGUGACAAAUCAUGACAGGCAGGAAGCUCUAGAGAGGUUUAAUUCAGAAGAGAGAGAAAAAUUAGAAAGAGAAUUGGAAAACACAGUAAAAGAGAUGGAGAACCUUAAACUUAACCAGUCGAAAGUGCUUGAGCAACUUCACCGUCAAGAUGAGGUCAACACAUCAUUACAAGAAAAGACUUUGCAACAGAAGCAAAUCUGUGAAGACCUACGAAGGGACCUGGCCAGCAAAAAUGAAUUGUUAAAGCAGAAGACAAUGGAGCUAACCCAAGCUUGCCAGAAGCAGUAUGAAUUGGAGCAGGAUCUGGCGUUGUACAAGAUUGAUGCAAAAUUUGAGCCAUUAAAUUAUUUUCCAUCACAGAUAUCACAGGCCCAGAAGGAAGAUCUUCAACAGCAAUUGAGUGAAAAGAUACAAACCGUGCAUCAGCUACACGAGGCAGCUUUAGAACUGCAAAAGCAAAUGGAGAAACAGCAAAGAGAAGCAGCCGAAAUCCAGAAAGAGCUUGCAGACGUGCAGAGUUAUCUUGCUUCUGUAAAUCCUGAAGACCCAAGACAUGCUCACAUGAAAGCUCAAAAAGCGAGUAAAGAACAGCAGUUUGAUGUAAUGAACAAACAUUAUAAAAAGCUUGAGAGUCGCCUGGAGGAAAUGCUCUCUAGGAUUGCUAAGGAAACUGAGGAAAUCAAGGACUUGGAGUGGCAGCUCACUGAUGGUCAAAUAGCAACAAAUGAAGCACUGAAACGGGAUUUAGAAAGUAUUAUCAUUGGAUUACAGCAAUACCUGGAAAGCAUUAAGUGUCAGGCAAAACAGGCCAAUGAUGAAUGUAAGGAGUUGCAGAAGGAUAAAGAAUCUUUGCUACAAAGAUUGGCAGAUCUAGAGGAGGAAAGAAACAACCUGGAAAUAGUUGCCAUGGAUGCAGAAUGUAUGAGAAAUGAAAUUGCAAUUCUAGAGAGUGCACUCCAAGAGCAGCGAGAAAUAAAUGAAUCACUUAAAGAUGCACAAGGGGAGAUCACUGCCUAUGAGGCUGAACUGGAAACCCAGCUAAGAGAGAGAGACGCUGAAGCCAGUCAGCAAAAAGAAGAAUUGGAAAGACUGAAACAACUGAGCCAGGUAAGAACAGAGCUCUUGUGCUGCCAAAGGGAUAAUACACCCCUGGACAAGGGACAACCAAACUUUCCUUCAUACCACAUCUCCAGUGUUGCCUUGCAAAUAAUUGGAGACAAUAAUCUCCUGAAACGACAGCUUGAAGGUCAUCAGAAUCAGCUAAAGAGAGUGGUUGAUAACUUAAUUCAUCCUGAGGAAGUCUUAGUUCGUGUAAAUGAACUCAAGCAAAACCUUCAGACAGGAGCUGGAGAGAUUAAAUGUCAGAAUUCAGCUGAUGUUUUAGGGAAAAGCCUUGCAAAUCUGCAGAAAGAAUUUAAUGACAUCCUUGCUGAUGCUAAGAGAGAAAAAGAGGAAGCGUGGGCUAGACAGAGACAAUUGCAGGAAGAAAUGGUAUCCCAGCAGGAAAAACUGGAAGAAGUAGAGGAGAAUUAUAGACAGGUUAAAGCUGAAAACAGGCAGAAUAAGAACAAGGUCGAUCAGUUAGAGAAUGAAAUUCAACAUUUACAUGAAAAAAUAAAGAGCAUGGAAGAAAUUCAGGGCCUUGCUGAUCAACAGCUCCAAGAGGCAAAUGAAGAGAAAAAGACUAUUCUUGCUCAACUGGAAGAUUUAGAGAAAAGGGUAGGAAUGAAAGAUGCCAUGGCACAAAUGCAGUUUGUCAGUCUAGAAAAAGAGCUGAAGGAAUUAAAGAGAGCAAGCAUCACUUCGGAUAGACUGGCAGCCACAGAGCUCUCCACUGCUAAAAAUGAGCUAAAGGCUCUUCAUGGGACUGUUCUCAGAAGUAAUCAAGAGCGAGCUGAGGAGACUGAGGAAGCCGAAGAGUUUUGCGCUGAGGCAGCUCGUGCAGCUCAGGAUCUUGCCAGAGCAGAAGCAGAAAUAGAGUUGUUACAACAGCUCCUCAAAGAGAAGGAAGAACAAUUUCAGCAUGAAAUGGAGAAAGCUGGGGAGAACGCUGGUGCGUCAAGCUCUCGGAAGUUUGAAAUUGAUAAACUAAAUGAAGUAAUAGAACAACAAAAAGCAGAAAUUGACCGAUUAAGAUGGUUGUUGGAUAGCAUUGGGACAGGUAACCAAGAUGAAAUGGACAACUUACAGGAAGAAACUGCAGCACUCGAAAAUGUACUUUCAUACCAGAAUGAUUACAUCACCAGUUUAGCAGAUCCGUUGAAAAGAAGGGGAUACUGGUAUUACAUGCCAUCAUCGCAGGUUUCCACUCCUGCUUCCCGCAGCACAAAAAAUUCUGGAGUUUCUUUACUGUGUUCUGGCACAUCCCCACUCAGAAGAGGGUGUGGCCAGGACAGGCAGUGCAGGAAGGAAGAUUUGUGCAGUCAAGGAGGAUGCUGCGUUUAUUCACCAAUCGGAAAUAGGUUGUACAGAACUAAUUCUGGUAAAGAUAGAAGAGUGAAAGAAGAUAGUGAAGAAAACAAAGAAACUCGUGUUCCCAAAGACCCUCCCUUUGUACCACCACCUGGUACAGUUAUUUACACAGUCCUUCCAGAUGGUGCCCCUGUACCUCAGGGAACUGUGCUUUAUGGCCCUCCUCCUCCUGCAGCAAGCGGAGUUCCGAUUGCUCCUGGAUCUGUUAUCUAUGGCCCACCUCCGGUGGGAGCCCAGGUUGUUUAUGGCCCUCUUCCUCCAAACUUCACGGUCCCGCUCGUUCCUGUUGGAGUGCUUCACUGCAAUGUGCCUGAACAUCAUGAUUUGGAGAGUGAAGUCUCAAGGCUAGAAGACACUGUGUAUUAUUUAAAGUCUCAGAAAUACAAAGAUAAAGAGUCAGAGGCAGCUGAGCAGAAAUGCAAAAAAGAGGUGGAAAAAUUGCAUCAAAACUUUGAAGAACUCCUGCAUGAAAGAGAAGAGUUGGAACACAAAAUAGCAGAGCUACGAAGAGCAGCUGAGAAACAUAACAAACGCAAGGACUUUACUGAAGGGUAUACUGGCAACCUUAUUGCAGAACUGCAGUUAGAAAAGUCUCUUAAACAUCAUGAAGAUAUUGCAGAUAAAAUUGAAUGUCUAGAGAAGACUCUGCUGAAGCGACGAGCAGAGCUUAGAGAGGCAGAUAGGCUACUUUCAGAAGCUGAAGUGGAACUUGAGAGCACACGGGGGAAAACUAAAGACACUGUUCAAAAGUACAAUCGUGCCAAACAGCGUUUGUCCCGUACUGAAACCGAGGCAAAGGAGCUAGAGCGAAGGGCUCGGGAAAUGGCCGUUGAACUUGUGAAAGCAGAACGGCAAUUAAGGUUAUUACAGACAGAUACAAGGGACUUGGAACAGUGUAAGAGGGAACAAGAAGGUGUUUUGGAGGAAAUCAACAAAAUGGUGGCUGCAAGGGACUCUGAGUUCCAGUCGUUAAACCAGAAGGUAGAAGUGCUAACUGAAAGUCUUCAGAAGCUUCAAGGAGAUAUUAAAGUUGCAGAAGGUAAUAAAGAACAUCACCUCCAGAUCCUUAGAGAAGCAGAAAACCUUCUUCAAGGCAAGAAAGCUGAACUGGAAAGAUUAAAAGAUCAGAUGAUUGCUCAGCAACAAGAGUUCCUGUUUCUGGAGCAACAGUUAAAUCAAAGGAAGGAAGAUCUCCGUGUCCUUCAAGACUCUAUUUCUCAAAAGAAGGGUGAAUUUGAAGAAGCUCUUCGAGAUGGAGAGACUGAAGCAAAUGAAAAACUACGCCAAAUCAGAGAAAUAAAACUACUUCUGGAAGAGCUUAAUGCUGAGAGGAAAGAACUGGAUGUCCAGAUUAAUGAGAAAAGAGCACAGCUUUCCUUCAUAAAGAAGGAUAUUGGAAAAGGGGAAGAAAAUCUCCACGAAAUACUUGGGCAAAUUACCAAGCACAAGAUAGAACUGAAACAUGCACUGGAAAUGCUGGAGCUUGAAAAUAAGGAUCUUCAAGGUCUGAAAGUACAACAUGACCGAAAGGUCAAUGAGCUAGAAAAGACUCAGGUUGCAGUUCUAGAAGAGAAGUUAAAAUUGGAGAAUACUGAGAGAUUAUUCCAGUGUCAGCAACGGGAAGUAGAUUGGCAGGAACAACUACUUCAGAAAGGCCGUCAAGAAAAUGAACAUCUGGUUUCUCAAAUGCGCACUCUGCAAAACAAUAUUGAGUCUUUGAAUAAAGAAAAGGAAAAGCUUGAAGACGACUGUCAGAGUUUGGAAAAGAAGUUGUCACAAACCAGAAGAGACUUAACUGCUGCUGAAGACAGCAGCAGAACUGCAUUGUCCAAUGUGGAAAAAAUGGAAUUGGAUGUUACAAACCUGCAGCAGGAGGUAGAUCUACUGAACAAACAGAAAAAAUCACUGGAUGGAGACAUUAUCGUUGUGCAGAAGGAUCUUCAAGAAAAAAAGGAAGAACUAGAAACACUGAAAGGAGAACUAAAUGACUCCAGGCAACAACUUCAGCUGGUAGAACAGGAUUUGGAAAAUCAUAAAAGGCAUCAGGAUGAGUUGCUUAGAGAGCAGGCAGCCCUGAGAGAAGAUAUCCUAGAGUAUUUAAAGAAACAUGAGGAUUGUCAAGAGAGACAGAAAAAGAGAGAGAACCAAUUGCAGCAGCUCGAGAAAGAGAUUGAAGAGAGAGAAACAGAAGUAGCCAAACAAGAAGCGAUUCUUCAUCACCUCAAGGAAAAUUCAGAGCGUGAAGGAAAAAAACUGGAAGAAUGUACUGCCAAAGUGAAAGAUCAGAAAAUACUAUUGGAAAAGGAGCUAACAGAUCAACAGAAGAAACAGGAGCAGGCAGUAGCGAAAGUAAGGCUGGCAGAAGAAAACCUCAGGAAGCUGGAAAAGGAGUCCCGAUAUGCAGCACUUGAAGAAGCUGUCAGACAAAGCAAACGUCAGCUCUCAGAAAAAGAAUUGCACUUAAACCAGAAAAACAGAGAAACACAGUCGCUUCAGAAAGAACUGGAAGUCUCCAAGUCUGAGCUAAGCCGUCUCCAAGAUCAGAUAGCAUCGGAGAGGAAAGAAGCAGAAAAACAGAUGUUGAGUCUGAAAGAAGCAAUGACAGUGCAGAGGAUGCAGCUUGAAAGAAAACUCCUUGAGCAAAAGCAUGAGAAUAACUGUUUGCAGAGUGAUACAGCAGCUGCUGAAGAAGCAGCACACAGAAACCAUGAACAAGCCAAGCGCCUUGCUAAGGACCUGGGCCAGAUCCAGCAGGACUACAUGGACCUCCACAGCCAGGUCAGAACUCAAGGAGACCCGGAAAAGAGACAAAAGGAAAUGGAGAACGCAGCAACGUUGCUUAAACUGGAGGCUGAAAGUGAAGUUAGGAUGGGGUUUAAAUAUUCACGCCCAUCUUCUCUGGAACCGUUGGGACGCUUGGAAGCAUCUUCUGAGGGAAGUCUGCAGUGUGGAUCUGGUAACUUCAAGGAGACGGGACUGUUUGCUGCUGCUGACAAAGGACUCCUCUCGCUGGAAGGAAAGUUGAAUUUUUCUCAAGUCUUCUCAAAGGAUGAACAGUGGCGUGGAGAGGUGCUCCGAGAAAAACUGCAGCGUCACGAAGACCAGCUAAAGGUUCGGCUCGAGCUGCGCAUGUCCAAGCAGGCAGAGGUAUUGAUGAGAGGAAAACGGCAAAUGGAAGGCACCCUGCAGAGCCUGAAGCGGCAGGUGGAUGUGCUGGAUGACCUGGUCAGCAGCAUGUCUGCAGAGCCGCUGUUCCUAGGCUAAAGCACCAGUCUAGGGUCUCUUCACAAUGCUGUGAAUCUAACUCAGGGUGCUCUGACGGGCCUGGCCGGCGGCCCCAGCAGGCUGGCAGGUAUUUCAGUGAGGCCUCAGAUGCUGCGCUCCUGCUCCCGGGGAACUUCUUGGUGA